AUGACAGCAGCAUAUUGUUUCACAGGAAAGUCACAUCUGGCCAUUGUACAGAAGGUGAACAAUGAGGGUGAGGGAGACCCUUUCUAUGAGGUUAUGGGUCUUGUCACACUGGAGGAUGUCAUUGAAGAGAUAAUUAAAUCAGAGAUCCUAGAUGAAUCCGAUGACUAUGGAGAAAAUAAGGUGAAGAAGAAACCUACUUCUCUUAGCACACCCAUAGAACGAAAAAAGGAAGAGUUCUCCUUGUUCAAAGGAUCUGACAAUGAGUACAAAGUGAAGAUCUCCCCCCAGCUGCUCCUGGCCACCCAGCGUUUCCUCUCCCGAGGUGAGGGGAAGAGGACCCUCGACUCCUUCUUACUCACCCUGGGCUCUCCCCUGAUCAAGGGCAUGAAGAGGCACUGUCUUUGGGGGUAACUGACCAGAUAUGGAACCUCUUACCUUCUGUUUUCUGAGGCAUAAAGACUAAAGGAGAGGUACUGGGACUCUCCCACUACAACCCCAUUCACAAUUCACAGGGAAAUUCUUGUGUUCUGAGCAAAUA